AUGAAUGCUGACUUUAAGAAUGCCUUCGAAGCUCUUCAUAGUAAGGUGAAACUAGUGAACGACUUCUCAUCUGGAAAGAAACUGAAGUCUGAAGGUUUCGACAAAGAGUUAAGAGAAGUAGCACAAAAUAUGACGAAAAUAACAGAUGCAGCAACGAGACAGGCAGUUCAAAGUGCCUAUGACGCCGUUAGAGCAACUGUUGUGGAAAGUCAAGAAAAAGAGUUACAACAGACCAAAACAGACCU